AUGGAUCAUUUUUCCCUAAACUCUCCCGGGUUUGUUAACCUGUUAACUUCCCAGAGCAGUCAAACAAUAGAAGUAGAGUCUUCUGAGGUUCCUAGGUUUAGUAGCCAGAGCUCUGAAUCUCCCAAACCAGUGGAAAGGAGAAAGUGGACACAAAAAGAAGACAUUGUGCUCAUCAGUGCUUGGUUGAACACCAGCAAGGAUCUCAUAGUGAGUAAUGAGCAGAAGGAAGUUGCGUUUUGGAAGAGAAUAGGGGAGUAUUUCAAUUCAAGCCCUCAGCUCAGUGGCUUCUCUCCAAGAGAGGCAAGUCACUGUAAGCAGAGGUGGGGAAGAGUGAAUGAGUUUGAUCAAAAAUGGAGAUCAAACUGUGUUUGCAAAGAUGGUGCAAAGGACAAAAGGAAGGAACCUGCGGAGAUGGUGCCUGACUUGGAAGAGGUUAUGCCUCAUGGUGUUAAGGCUUGCAAAGCAGCGAAACACAAGAAGCAUGGGAAAGAAGCAGUCUAUGAUCAAUUACAGAGCAUGCUAGCUGUGAAACAGAAGAUAUCCAAACAGAAACUCCUUGAUCGUCUCCUUGCCAAAAAAGAUACACUAUCUGAUAUAGAAGUGUCACUGAAAACAAACUAG